GAGUGUGUGUGUGCGCGUGUCAAGAAACCAAUGCUUGCAAACCCAAGAGCCUUCUUUUCUGUGAAAUGCUUUCCUUCAGCCUCCUUUGGGUUCUUUCCCCAGAGCUGCCUUGGGGCGAGACCAAGAACGCCGUGCAGCGCCGCCUUACAGAGCUCUGGCUGUCGCUCUUCUCCGAGAGAAUUUGAGCUCGGGGACAUGGAAGGUGGGACAGUCUCACUGCAAGAAUGGCAGGGGUGGGGGACUGUGUCCCCUGUUCCCUCUAUGGUUACUGAGGUCAUUCAAGACUUGAAGCUUCUGGAGAAAAUUAGUGAUGCCCAGAUGAGUUUCGGUGGCAAUGGCGGUAAACUUCAGGGAGAAUUCAAGGUAGUGGAAGAUAAAAAACACAGAGCAAAAUACGAGUCUCUAGGCGAUUCUGAGAAGAAACUCCAAUUUUUUUCUGCUAGACAGAUAGCAUGCCGCUUGCUGGGAAGCAGGGGUUAUCUCUGCCAAAAUUGUUGGCUUCCUACAGAUGAUUGUAUGUGUUCAAAGUUGAGGCAAUGCCGUCUUUGGAGUGGUAUGCGUUUCUGGUUGUAUAUGCACCCAAAGGAUUUCCUCAGGCAGAACAACACAGGGAAGUUGCUGUGGCAAGUAUUUGGAGUUCAAUCAGCAACUCUGUGCCUUUUUGGUAUUGCCGAGGAUGAAGAUAUAAUGUGGAAUACUUUCAAAGCGUCAGGCAAAAGUAAAGUAUGGUGCCUUUAUCCCAGUAAGAAUGGAGUGGAGAGGUCUGUCCAGGAUGCAUUAUGCCUAGCACAUACGAAAUUUGAAUCUGUUUCUGAUGUAAAGAAGGAUGAAGAUGAUAUUUUGCAUUUCGUUUUGAUUGACGGUACAUGGAGCAAUUCUGCGGCAAUGUUUAAGCGUAUGAAGGAGCGAGCAAAGUUGGUUUGGGGAGAUGAGGACCUUCCCUGUAUAUCUCUAGCUACCGGUGCAUCGGCUAUGCACAAGCUCAGGCCACAGCCUUCGUGGGACCGAACCUGCACAGCAGCUGCAGCCGUUGCCCUACUCUCUGAGCUUCAACUCAUAUCACAAUUUAGCCCCUACGGUUUUGAUGAGCAGGCAGAAGCGGUGGAAGAUGCCUUACGGGUUUUGUUGGAAGCUCUGACCACUCGGCGUAUUAGAAUGGGAAGGUCCAUCUCUCGCAAAGUCAGAUGCACCAGCAACAUCUGUUAGUGUCUGACCAUGAAAUAGAAUCAGCAUAGGAGAAAGAAGCAUACUCUCGUCUUAUGAGGUAAAUACUUCAACUAUGGAGUGGAAUUUUGAUUACCCUCUAAGGGCUACUCGCAUAUGGAAGUCUUCUCCCGGAUGGUAGCUUAACAUGACAGAUCCAUUCAAAAUUCCAAUCGAUUGCAAGAACGUUGUCACAAUUUGCCACCUCUUUUUCUUCCCCUGCACCGUGCUGCCUUCUUGCGGUAUGUCAUUAACUUUGUUGCACACAUAUAUCAACAGCUUCUAUUUAUCAAGUGCGCAUUGAACUGGAACGUGCUUGGCGGGUGUAUCAUACAGGGAGAAGUACGAAGGUGUCCGGUGAAAUUUCGAGAACUGAGCUUGUUACUAUACACAACGCUAACUCUCUCCUUCAAAUCUUCAGUUUUUGCUCCUCUUUUGGAGGGAAAAGUCCUUCCCGAGAUAUUCUUUUAUACAGUGUUUUGCACUGUCGUCGAACUGAUGCCUGUGGCUCAGAGAACAUCAAGGGGACUUGUAAGCUAGAGGAAACAUGUAUUAAUCUUUUUCUACGUGGCUCAGAGAACAUUAGAUUCGGGUGCUUAAACCAACGAUAAAUCGCCCUAUCCGUUAGUUCUCGAAAAAUUAA